AUGUCCUCUUUCUGGGAUGUGGGAAUAACGGCGAAUGGCGCCAACGCCGACAAGAUUAUUGGUGGUACUGCUGCCUCUAAUGGCCAGUUCCCGUCAAUCGUCUUCCAGGAAAAAAGUGGCUCAUUCUUCUGUGGCGGAACAAUCAUUUCAGCUAACCGAGUCCUCUCUGCUGCUCACUGCGAACAGAAUCUCAUUGGAUUAACUGUAACUGCGGGAACUGUGACUCGUAACAGUGGUGGAGUUACCAUCUCCGUUAGCGGAAAAGUGGUUCAUCCUCAAUACAACUCCAACACAAUCCAAAAUGACAUUAUGAUUUUGCAGCUUGCAUCAUCAUUCAGCUUUGGUUCGACUAUUGCCGCAGCACCUUUGCAAACCACUGCACCUUCCGCUGGCACUGGCAUAACUGUCGCUGGAUGGGGUGACACCAACUCUGGCAUCAUCCAAAGUCUUCCAAACAACUUGCAAUCUGUAAAUGUGGCGGUCAUUUCUACAAGUGACUGCAAUGCCAGACUUGCAUACAACGGUGACAUUUUAGCUGGAAUGAUAUGCAUGGGAAAUAUGGCUGGUGGAGAAGACUCUUGCCAGGGUGACUCUGGUGGACCUGCCUACAUUCAAGGUUCAACAACCAUUGCCGGAAUCACUUCAUGGGGCUAUGGAUGCGCUCAGGCCAAUAAACCAGGUGUCUACACUGAUGUAGCAUACUACAGAUCCUGGAUCACCAGCAACAUUUCUUUGGAAUCGUCGAACGAACAAAUAAGAAUGAAACUUUUAAUCGUCGCCAUUCUCUGCCUUUGUGGCGCCAACGCCGACAAGAUUAUUGGUGGUACUGCUGCCUCUAAUGGCCAGUUCCCGUCAAUCGUCUUCCAGGAAAAAAGUGGCUCAUUCUUCUGUGGCGGAACAAUCAUUUCAGCUAACCGAGUCCUCUCUGCUGCUCACUGCGAACAAAAUCUCAUUGGAUUAACUGUAACUGCUGGAACUGUUACUCGUAACAGUGGUGGAGUUACCAUCUCCGUUAGCGGAAAGGUGGUUCAUCCUCAAUACAACUCCAACACACUUGCAAAUGACAUCAUGAUUUUGCAGCUUGCAUCAUCAUUCAGCUUUAGUUCGACUAUUGCCUCAGCACCUUUACAAUUCUCUGCACCUUCCGCUGGCACUGGCAUAACUGUCGCUGGAUGGGGAGACACCAACUCUGGCAUCAUUCAAAGUCUUCCAAACAACUUGCAAUCUGUAAAUGUGGCGGUCAUUUCUACAAGUGAAUGCAAUGCCAGACUUGCAUACAACGGUGAAAUUUUAGCUGGAAUGAUCUGCAUGGGAAAUAUGGAUGGUGGAGAAGACUCUUGCCAGGGUGACUCUGGUGGACCUGCCUACAUUCAAGGUUCAACAACCAUUGCCGGAAUCACUUCAUGGGGCUAUGGAUGCGCUCAGGCCAAUAAACCAGGUGUCUACACUGAUGUAGCAUACUACAGAUCUUGGAUCACCAGCUACAUGUAAAUGUGGACGGGAAACGUCUGGAUUGUAUUCUUUUUAAUUGCAUGAAUUUUCAAAUUUAA